AUGGAUAAAUUGGAUAAACACAAAAGUUGUGGGAAAUGCAUUGAAUAGUUUGAAAUCAAUAAGUCAAAGUAAGAUGGAACAUUCAAAGAACAAAAAACAAAAAUCCUUGGAUCAAGACCUAUGGCGAAAUUCAUAAUGUAUGAUGGCGAGGGAAAUUAUUAAAAAAAGCUGAAUUAAGAGCACUAAAAUCACAAAGUUUAGAUUGAUAUGACAUGGAAGAACACAGAUAUGGAAGUAUGCAAGGAUAAAGAUAAUGAAGAAUUAUUGAUAAAGGAGUCCUAAAGCUUAGUUUUACCUAAAAUAUAUCAUCAUAAAUAAGUUCACGAUUUGAAACCGAAUAAUCCUAUUCCCACUUAAGCACACAUCAAUAGAUAUGGGAAAUAUAGUCAGAGAUAUCUCCUAAGAUCAGAUCCAAUGAAUUUGAGCGACAAUAAAUUAGAUGCUUACCUGCCCUCAUCAGAGAAAUAUGGACGGUUUUAUUUAAGUGAAGAACCCAAAGCAAAAACAAUUGUUUCCGAAGUUCAACCUUUUGAGGGGUAUAAUCCAAUAAGUCCACAAUAUAAUGUUUUUCCAGUUGAAAAGCCUAUUCUAAAAUAUCAUAGUAUGAAAUCAUAAUUGUUCAAAUAUAAAUGA